CUGCUUGUUACUUGGAUCACUUCUGUGUUGACUUUCGGGGGAAGUAGACCACGCUUCCUUGGACACCGUCGAAACCGAGCUCCAGCGUGACCGUGAAAACGUCUGCUUCCGUCUUGAAAGUAGACAAGCUCCGCGGUGGUAGGCCGGGGAAGGAAACCGCCACCACCCCGGCGAGGGAGUCCGCAGAGGACCCAGCGAGCUCGGUGGGAUGGCGGCGGUGAAGGCUCUCCAGCAGUGGUGCCGGGUCCAGUGUGACGGCUACCGGGAUGUGGCCGUCACUAACAUGACCACGUCGUUUCGGGAUGGCUUGGCUUUCUGUGCUAUCAUUCAUAAGCACAGACCGGACCUCAUCGAUUUUGACUCCUUAAAGAAAGAAAACAUCUACGAGAACAACAACCUGGCCUUCAAGGUAGCUGAGGAGCAGCUGGGAAUUCCUGCGCUUUUGGAUGCGGAAGACAUGGUAGCGCUGAAAGUUCCGGACCGCCUCAGUAUCCUCACAUACGUCUCGCAGUACUACAACUACUUCCACGGACGCUCCCCGAUUGGUGGUGUAGCGGCAGUCAAACGUCCCGCCGACCCACCUGCCGGCGGGCCGUCCGGCAAGAAGAACGCGCCGGUGGUCUCCAAAGUGUUCAAGCCGGCUAAGGAGAACAAUCCUCCCGUUACGCCGAAUGUUACAACACCCGUCCCUAACCCGAGACAGCCCAGAUCCACUACACAAGAUGUUUCUGCUUUGAAAACUCAUCAGACGGGAACGCUGAGUAACAAGUGUGCGUCCUGCAAUAACCACGUCCAUCUGGUGCAAAGAUAUUUAGUGGAUGGGAAGCUCUAUCAUAGGAACUGCGCAAAGUUACUAUCUCCUCCAAAUGCAAGUUCACUCCUAAGAGACACUCCAUCCAGGGUUCCUCCUUCAGUAGGCCUCACCAAAAGCGAUACGGUGACACCCGUGGCGCCGUCAAGACUGGGCCCCUCAUUGCCGGUCCAGAAUCCGAGCCCGCCUUCCAGCACUUCGGGCAAAUCUUUAUCCCCACAUCGACCCGCUUUAAACCUCACCACACCCGCUGCGGGGAAUCCGACUGCUCCCGUUGCUAAACGACCGGUGUCUCAUGACACUACCAUCACUCCACCGGCCACUAAGCCCGUUGCUGCACCUCGGACAUCCACCACUGCGGCCAAAACCGUCCAGUCCAAGCUGAAGUUCUUCCAGGCUGAAAGCGAUGAUACCAAACCUGCAACCAAGACUGCAGACCCCGUCUCAAAAGGUUUUAAGUCUGCUGAGGCUAUCAAGCAAACCCAAGGAGAUCACGAGAGGUCUAAAGUGCAGAUUGGUGAAGACAAAGCAAGUCCAAAGAAACAUGGAGAUAGUCAAGGCAGUAACAUUGGUAAUGGAAUUGUUAAAGUGCAGUUAAAGGAGAAUUUUGACAAAAGCAAAGCAGAUACAAAGAAGUACGGAGUCAUUGAGGGUGGCAAGCAGAAAGCAAUGGAUACCCCCAAGAAACCCAAUAAGGAGGGAAAUGGAAUUGUUAAGGUGGAGUUAAAGGAGAAUUUCGACAAAAGCAAAGCAGAUACAAAGAAGCUCGGCGUCAUUGAGGGUGGCAAGCAGAAAGCAACGGAUACCCCCAAGAAACCCAAUAAGGAGGAAAGUAAAAACAGCAUGCCAACACCCAAGUCAGACCCGUCCAAGAAUAGUGAUGCUGCAUCUUGGUUCCGAAGCUGGAGGAAGGAGCCUGAAAGCGGGAGGAAGGAGCCUGAAAGCGGGAGGAAGGAGCCUGAAAGCGGGAGGAAGGAGCCUGAAAGCGCGAGGAAGGAGACUGAAAGCGGGAGGAAGGAGACUGAAAGCGGAAGGGGAAGAUUGAGGCUGAAAGUCAACCCUUCCAUCUUCUCUGACUUGAAGCCUCCACGUUCUGACCCCAGCCCAAUCAGAAGCAGAACUCCAGAAAGAGGCUUAAACCCUGUGCCACACAACACUUCAGAGACGGAGACCCCCGCAGAUUGGAGGUCAAUGCUCAAACCUGUUUCCAAAGAUUCAAAAUCUGCUGACUCAUCACAAACCUCCCCUAAAGUACCAACGAACAACACCUCGCAGUUAUCAGAGGUGUUGCGAAAGCCUGUGAACCCUCCUUCAUCCCAAGGUGUCCGGAGUGGUCAAAAUUGGCCCAGGAGCACUACAACAUCAGGCAAUAAAGUCGUAAAGACAAGGCCAGACUACAUCCCCAAAGAGGCUAUCCUGAAGGAGCUGAAGGAGAUCGAAGAUAAUCUCAACCUGUUGGAGAAGAGAGGGGUCGUGUUGGAAGCCAAGCUUCGCAACAGCGAGGACGAGGGUGAAGAUGACUCGCUCAUGGACGAGCUUAUGGUAGAGUGGUUCACCUUGAUCAGGAAUAAGCAAGUGGCAAUGCGGCGGGAGUCAGAGCUGGUCUAUAUUGGUAAAACCCAGGACCUGGAGGAGGAGCAGCCCAGUGUUGAACAAGAACUCCGGAAACUGAUCGAAAAACCAGACCAUCUGAAAACGCCGUUUGAACGGAAGCGAGAAGAAGAGCUGAUGAGCAAACUGAUGGAGAUCAUCAACGACCGCAAUGCCAUUGUGGAAGGUUUGGACGAAGACAGGCUCAGAGAGGAAGAGGAGGACGAGGAGCUGAACAAGUUGUUGGAGAAUUAUAGCGUAAAAAAAGACAAGUCCAAGAAAAAAUCUUCCAUCUCCAAAUUGUUCACGUGGGGCAACAAAAAGGAGGUGUGACACCUGACCUGAAUGUCACUCAAACCACAAAUUGGCGUGCGCCUGUGUACAGUAUGUUGGUAAGGCAUCUGUCAUCCUAAGCAUUUCUUGAAACAUUCCCAGCAUGAGUUUUUUAAUGACAAUACGGGUUCAGUGGCUUAGUACAAUUUAAUCCGCUUGCAGUUUUGAUCUGUCUAGUUCAUACAAACGCACACCUGCUUCUUGUAAACGCAAACAUGAACUAACAACUAAAUGAGCGAGGAACAACACUCCCACGUCUUUUUAUGCCCAAUUUUGAGGGGUUUAUUUUUAUAAUUUGAAGAAAAAAUGUCUGAUGAGGAAAGGGAUGUCUUGUGAUCCAUAUUGGAUUUUAAUUCAUUGAAAAUGUGUCAAGGCGCUGGUGCAUUUUUUUGUGUUUACUGUUUUAUUUAUUGUUUGUUUACAUGUUAAAUAGCAAUGGGAAUAUUGAUAUUAAACAGGAAACUAAAAGAGUCAUUUGUAUUAAAGAAUAUUGUUGGUGUAUGUUUAUUUUUGUUGAUGAUGCCUGAAGGGUGUAUUAUUUAAAAAAGCAACUUUUUUUUUUAAAGACAUUUAAGUUAACUACAAUCAAAAACAUUAACAUUAAAUUUUUACUACUGCUCAAUCAUCGAGCAGGUUGCAGUCUUGCUAAUUGCCUCUAGAGGGCAGCAUGUCUUACCUUUUACGUUAAGUGCGUUCACAUCAAUGGCGUAGGUUCGGUCUCAACAUUGGUAGGGACGAUAUGGCAUAACCUGCAUGUCCACUUUUUCCUGGGGACGGGACAUUCUUAAUGAUCAAUGCAAAAUAAACCUGUAUUGUCAAACCUGUGUUUUCAAAAAUUACGAAAGAAACAUUUUGAAAACUUGCGGGAAAAAUGUCCAGAUUUUAUGAGUAAAAUUAAAUUGCAUUAUUUGAACAAAAAUUAUAAUAACAUACACAAUGAAUCCAGGAAUGCAAAAAAAAAAAAAAACAUUUUUCUUAAGACCACUCCACAUUGUCUAAAUAAAUAAAUUAAAUAUAACAGAAAAAACUUCUUUGUCAGGGAAUAACAAAAAAUACAUAAAAAUGGAACGGUCCUUCAGGUAAAAAACAAAACAAAGCCUGCUUUUGUCCACAAGCACAGCCAAACUCAACAACCACAAAAAAAAAAAAAAAUGAACGCACCAGUGUGCUGCUUUAAUACCACAUAAAUAAAAUAAAAAGUAAAAUUAGGAAGAAGGCGUUAAAUCUCUUUUCUCUACAUUUCUCACAGUUUACUUAACGUUAACAGUAGAAAACACAUACAGAGGACCCCUCUCUAAGCAUCUAACUGCUCGAGUUUUGCAGGUGAGCAAGUUCACACAGUCUAAUGUUAUGCCAGCUCUGAUGUAUGUCGGACUUUCAGUCGCAAAAUUAGUGGUUUGUUCCCCGCUUCCACAACAUUGACAUCUUUUUGCAUUUCUUUCAGUGGCUGCUCCUGGCUAAAAAAAAAAAAAAGUCUAAUAUCCCUAAUAUCUAAUGUCUGUGUGUGUGUGUGUGUGUGUGUGUGUGUGUUUGGUCAAGUCAUCAGCCAAUCAAACGUGCUUUUAGGAGGGAAAAAUGGGGACCGGCACAUUUAGCAAGUGAAAAGAGGUACAUGUAUGUCUGAACAUACUGAAAAUAAUUCACCUAAUAAUGGUAGGGUUUAUUACAACAAUUAAAACAUAUGUAAAGACAAUCUAAAUGACCUAUGUAACUGAAGCCAUUAUAUACGCAAAUAAAGUUGCUUAAAAGUUGGUAGGGACAAUCUGAGCGCCCUGAAAAGUUGGUAGUGUUUUGUCCAUACCGUCCCUAUGCAAACCUACGCCCUUGGUUCACAUAACAUAAAAUGAAAUGUAAAGAAUUGAAGUUUUUGCUCCGUGAUUUUAUUUUAUUUUUAAUAGAAUAAAAUGGCUUUGUUGUCAUUAUACAAAACUGGAGAGCUCCUGUUUCCGUAUAGACAUGAUAAAGAAAAAAAGUGCAAAUUGUUCAAGUGCACGGUAAAAAAGAUACAGUGGUGAAACAAAUGUGAACAGGGCCCGGGUGCAGUAAGCAUAAACGGACCCCCCGAGUUGACCGUCCAACGGUGGUGGGGUUUUAGUAGAAAUUUUUUUUGCGGGCCCCUCCAGACUCCCAGCCAAGCGGCUAGCAGAGAUAUUUUAACACUUAAACACUGUAUUAUAGCUCCACGCAAUUCCUUACCUUUCUGUUUGACCUUCCCCUCGCCCAACCAUGCUCACCUUACGCCCGCAAAUAGGGCCUCGGCCCGGGCUUAGGUGCACCUCCUUAAGUUCCGCCCCUGACUACAUACACUAAAAGAAAUGUAAAAAUGUAUUUCACAAGACAUUGAAUUUGGAGGAAUGAUGAGAGUAACAUUGUAAACCCCUUAAUGGCCACUGGAUGGCAGUGUAAUACAUACUAAAAAGUAGUUGCACUUAACUACAGUACUUUCAACAUCUCGGUAAUCCGUUUAAUUGUAGGUGACUGUUUUUAUAGAAGAUAAAGAGUAUGACAAUGUUACAUAGAGGCUAUUUGUUAGCCUGUCUAAUGGGUUUUGUAUCAUGUGUCAGCAUUAAGCUAGUUGACUUAAAAUCAAUAUAAUGUGCUUGAUUUAACUACAGUGGCUAUUUUUUUGCAUAGAUUGAGAGCUACUUGAAAGUUUGGUUUGAAAGGUUUGUACAUGAUGCCAACCUGAUGCUUACUGCUAGCAUCCUUUACUCAUCUUUUUUUUUCUUUUUUUGUUAAAGGAAAAAUAUAAACCGAUUGCAUCUUCAAAAAUGUUGGGUCACUCUAAUCUCAAAACCGUUUAGAACAUGGGGUCAUGAAUUAAAAAUCCUCUGGGUCGGAAAUUAAAAAAUUACAACAAUCUCGGGUCCGGAAAUAUUUUUAAUGCUUCUUUUUUUCCGAAAAAUACAAACGUAUCUUUACGUGGCCAUGCUGAUAAUUACAACAUUCAAAAAUGUAAAUAAUAUAUAAAAGGAGCAUAAAACUAAGAGUGCUUUAAUUGAAUCAUUAAAUAGCAACAUAAGAGCAUGUUCAAGACUUUUUUUGUAUUUUUUUAACUGUGGAUGCUGACAGGGGGGACUUGCUUUAUUUUUUGACAGACCUCUUCUUUUUGCUUUCCAUGAUGCAAAGUUUCAGCAACUGCACUCAUACGAUCUUUGGCAAUCAGUGCGUCACUGAAAGACUUUUUGUUUUGACCCAAUAUCCACGCUAUUCUGAGGGAGCAUUCAUUUGCGCGUUGCUGUACAGUGAAUGAAUGAACCAUGAGCCUUGAGGUGCGAUCAUAUUGAGCCCUUAAUUCCACUAUUUUUUGAGAACGGAUGUCAGAGUUCAUAGGGAAACUUUGCGAAAAAGCUGCGUGCUUCGUCUCAUAGUGCCUUUUCAAAUUGCUGCUCUUUACAAGCGCUACCGUCUCUGAACAGAUGAGCCAUAGCGGUCUUGUGCUGCCGCCAGGUAAAAUGAACAAAAAUGUGUUGGUCCACUCCUCCUUAAACACUGUUUUCUGCAGCAAUCUUGCGUAGUUUUGAGCAUGCCAUUUGCCGUACUUUUUUCGCCUCUUCCUCCAACUUCAUUCGGCUCAGUAUUUGGCUGUCACUCCGCGGAGUCUGGAAAGCGAGUGUGAGACAUGCUGUUCUAAAAUUAACUUUCAAAUGCUUCACUCCCAUUGGCUGGCUCACGCGCGUCACCGCUAAGGAUUUUGUUUGUUGCCCACCUCUGCUCUGCAAACCCGCAGACAAAAAUGAUUUUUGUUGUUGCAUUGUGUAUUAGUCGCGACAGCUUGAGAUCCGGUCCAGACGGCUUGGGGGUCCGGAACCGGACCGAGGUCCGCGGUUCCAUGACCUCUGGUUUAGAACAUAGGUAUCAAAUCCGCGGCCUGGGGGCGAGAUCAGACCCUCUGCAUUAUUUUGUGUGGCCCGCGAAAGUACAUGUGCACAGACAUAGAGUUCAUAGAAUAUAUACAUGUAUAUACACACAUAUAUAUAUAUAUAUUU